AUGGAGGAGGAGGAGUGGUGGAAAGAGGAGCUGGCAACAGACAUCCAUCAUGCUCUGAGGAUGAAGGAACUUAAAUUGCCUGUGUACAAGGCUCGUUCACCACAGAUUGGGAUGCGCCGAUGCCUUGUUGAUAUCUUGAUUCUGCUCAGCAACCACUGCAAGCUCUGCCCCACAGCCCGGCAUCUUGCUAUCUAUCUACUGGACCUCUUCAUGGAUCGCUAUGAUAUGACUGCCAAGCAACUGUACAUAAUUUCAUUUGGCUGUCUUCUCCUAGCAAGUAAAUUUGAAGAUAGAAGACAUAAAGGUCCAAAGUUGGAGCUCUUAAAUAAGCUAGCAUGCAUGUGCAACGUGGAUGUGGUAUUAAGCAAGCAAGAUUUGUUUACAAUAGAAGGACUGCUUUUGGAAAACUUUGGCUGGAACCUCUGUAUGCCAACACCAGCACACUACAUUGACUACUACCUCUAUGUAUCUUUUGGAGCUAAUGACCUUCACUAUGGCUGGCCAAUCACCUCACCAAACAAAGUCAGAGAGCUUCUGGAGACAUACGCCUAUUAUUUCCUUGAUUUGUCAGUGCAAGAUCCCACAUUCCUCCAUUUUCGUCCAUCUCUGAUUGCUGCAGCUAGUGUGUGUGCCUCACGUAUCUGUCUGCAGGUUUCUCCUAUCUGGACAAUGCAGCUUGAAUGGCUAACAUGCUAUUCCUUGGAACAUCUUGCCCAGUGCAUUGAGAUGAUGCUCAUGUAUUAUGAGAAUGACGUCAAUGAAACCAGUAACGUAAAAACACAAGAAACAAUUCAAUAUCAAGAACAAGAAGCAGUGGGAAAUAUGAGUUGCCAAGCUACUACUCAAGUUCUCUUCCAGCAAUCUAGUUACCACCCUUUAACACAGCAUUCAGCUGCAUUUUCCCAGUUCCAGUGGCCAGUACAAGAUCUGUGCUCAGCUUAUCGUGAAUCUUUACAGCAGGCCCACAGGCCCAGUGGUCCGCUUGCUGGAAGCACUGACAGCUCCCUGCGCUCCUACACAGCUCCUCAGGACAGCCUUCAGCCAUCUGCCCAGGCUCUGCCCAUCCGGGCACCCUUUGCCACGCAGGUGGCAUUUGGAACAGAGAGCAGACCCUGCAUUUCCAGGGUUUGUGGCAGUAGUUACUUCAGUGAUUUUACUGGUAAAUACUGA